AUGUCUCGUGGCGGCGGCACUACGCUAUACGUUACCGGUUUUGGCCACGGCACUCGAGCCCGAGAACUCGCCUACGAAUUCGAACGGUUCUGUCUUAUUGAACGUCGCGCUUACAAGUUCAGCUUUGCUUUCGUUGAGUAUGAGAGCCGUCGCGAUGCUGACGACGCUUACCAUGAAAUGCACAACAAGCGCAUCGGCCGUGACGAUGUAUUGAAGAUUGAGUGGGCGCGUACUCCACCAUCUGCAUCGUGGCGCUUUGAUUCCGGCCGUGACCGUCGCCGAGACCGCACUCCCCCACGCCGUGGCCACCGCUCCCCAUCGCCCCGAAGAGGUCGCGACUACUCCCCGCGCAAGGAGGAGCGCCGAGACCGCGACUUUGAGCGACGCGAUAGAGACCGUUCCCGCAGCCCCGACGACCGUGAGCGUGAGCGCGACCGGGACCGGGACACCCGGGAUGACCGUGAACGCCGUGAUGGCGAGCGUGAGAACGGCACCACCAACGGAGAUGAAAGGAAAGUUCCCUUGGAUUCUCCCACCCCCGCACAUGACGAGUUGGACACUGCUGAGUAG